CAGAAGGAAGGAGUCAUCACUGAGGUAUAGUAUGCACUCAGUACUCGGCGUGUUGGGCUCGGAGACAUAUAUAUGAAGUCAUAAUAUAUUACGCAUCGUGUGAUUAAAUGGAUCUCGUGUUUAACAAUAAAGUUGAAAUUACCAGCUUUAUUAGUUGAAAAAUGACAAUAUAAUCAUCUUGUACGUUGCAUUUUAUUUUCUUCUAAUACUAAUUGGUAAAAAUAUCAACAUUAGGAAGCUUUACAUUGCAAAAUAUAAUGCCGGUAGUUUAACCUAAAAAUCCAAAAAACAAAUACGCAAAAACUACGUUUAAGGUGAAAUAUCAAAUAAAAAUGAUUCCUUCUAAGCUUAGUUCUAGUACGAAUUUCAUGAACUUUAUAUCAAAAACAUACAGUUACUUUAAAUAUGAUUUGAGUAUGAAAAGUUAUUCAGUGUUAGCCCACAUUCAUACUUUAAAAAAGAACAAUUUAAAAACACCAGUGUACUGUGCUUUGAGUAAUAUAAAGUAUGAUUCAGUGUUUAAUAUUUUCACUUCUACUUAUUUAAAUGAUGCACCAAAGCCAAUAGAAUAUCCACCAUUAACAUCAAUGCCACUUAAUGCAGAAAUUGAUGAAGAAUUUGGUUUACUUGGUAGAAUGAAGUAUGAAAAGGUUGGUUUGGAUUCAGAAGAAUUGAAAGAAGAGAAAAGACUAAAAGAAAUAAAUGUGAAAAUACCUAGAAAAUUGAAGCCAUCAGCAGGUCAAUAUGCUGAAAUGAUUAAAAAUCAUGUAGCGAAAGGAGAUUUAGAACUUGCAGAAUAUGUGAUUGUGAAAUGUAAGCAAAACAAAGAUAAACCUACAAGCUAUAUGUUUACUCUUUUAAUCAAAGCAUUUGCUAUGCAAGGUGAUAUCAAAAAGUGUUAUCAAUAUUAUAGUCAAAUGAAAUGUAGGCAUUACAAAAUUAAAGGAAAUGUUUAUACUAGUCUACUAGAUGCCUGUGCUAAUAGUCCUGAUUCUGAAAAAGCCUUGAAUUAUUUACAAAGAGUAAAAAUUGAUAUGAUUAAAACAAGCUAUCCUAUAAAUCAGGUUCAUUAUAAUGUUUUAAUAAAAGCUUACGGUAAACAUCACAAGCUUGAUGAAGCUAAUAAACUGUUACAAAAGAUGUUAGACAAUAACAUGAAAAUUGGAAUAUCAACUUUAUGCAGCUUAAUGUAUGCUGCUAAUUCCAAUACUGAAUCUGGUUUAAAAUAUGUUGUACGCAUUUGGCAGUUGAUGAGGAAAUUAAAGGUACCACCAACUAUAUUUAGUUAUAACCUUUUGUUAAGAGCCAUUCGAGAUUGUCAUUUUGGAAAUUGUACAGUCAAUGACUUGCUGCUCAAAGACGAAGAAUGUGCCGUUAUUGUUACUGAUAAUAAUAGACCAGAUCUAUUAAUAUAUCCUCCAGUUCUCAGUAAUUUACCUUUACAAAAUAUUUACAAAACACCUAAAUUAAUAGAAGCUCCUUCAUCUGAAAAAUCAAAUGCAACUGAUAAUUUACCUGCAAACGUAAAUGAUGACAGUUUACCAGAGUCAAUUGUUAAUAUUGAUUUGGAUGCAGUUUUAAAACAAAAUAAAUUAAUUCUAUUUGGUGGUGUUGAAGGAUUUUUAGAAAAAAUGAAAAAUGACAGAGUAGAGCCAAACAUUAAAUCAGUAACUUAUCUAAUAGAUUUAGUACCACCUUCUAUUACAGCAGAAAACACUAUAAUAAAGCAUGCUAAAAAUAAUAAAAUACCUUUAGAUAUAGAUUUUUUCAAUAUGCUAAUAAAAAAGCGAGCACUUCGUGGUGCUAAAAAGGAGGCAAAAGCUGUCCUUGAUGAAAUUCAUAGGGCUGAUUUAAAACCAAACAUUGUCACAUAUGGUGUUUUGGCCCUCUCAUGUUCUACUUCAAAUGAAUCACGUAAUUUAAUAAAUGCUAUGAAAGCUACAGGCCAUACAAUGAAUAAAUACAUUGCUGACAGUUUGCUAACUAGUGCAUUUGAUAAACGCGAUUUUCCCUUUAUACUUGAAUUGAUGGAAAAAAUGAAAUAUGAAAGAAUAAGAUUGGAUGAACAAACAUUCGAAAAGAUGAUCACAUUUCAACAAAACAUGUCGGCUCUUGUAAAAACAAAGCAUCGAAGUACAGAAAGCGAACGAUUCAAAGUCGGCUUUGCAAAGUUUAAUUUGAGAUUUAAGAGUUGGCAAGGAGAUAUGGGAAGGAAAGUUGUAGUUGAGCACAGUAAUAAAAAUGCAUAAAUAC